CCGAUGGACAUUUAUCACAACGGUACGUAACGUGCAUAACCAACAAUCGUUAUAUGAUUUUGUGAAUAUAUGAAUAGUUUACUAACGCAUUGAUGAAAAAGCACAUCGAUUCGAUUCGAAAAUUCUUAAGUGUGACGCAUUGAUAUUCAAAAUGAGCAUGCAUAUGUACGUUGUUUGAAUGAGUCCUAGUCGAGUGACAGGUGUGCUUGCUCUGUGAAUUUUGACACUUGUCAGAGUAAAAGAAACAGACAUUAUGACGUCGAUCAAAAAUCAGCCAAAAAAAGAAGAUACAACAUUGCCCGAACCAUCGUCCCAAGAUACUAGCAAUUUUGAUGAGAUGGAUGAGAAUUUGAGGUGUGAAUCGCCAAAACGAGGGACAACAUUGUCAACCAGCACCAGCAGCUUUGAAGCGUUGGAUCCUCAUGAUCCCAACCUGAGUCGUUUGGCGAAUAUGAUGUUUCAGAAAACAGGUGAAUACCUCCAAGAGGAACUUACUUCGACCCAUGCCGACUAUCGUCUGCUUGAGCGUCUUAAUAAAGAAGCUAUUGGUAAAUAUGCUGAAUUGAAAACGAUAUCCUCAAAUAUAUCACAUUCGUUAGAAGCGCUGAACUCAAAGUACAGAAAACUUCAGCCUGUGCUCGAUAAUAUCAAUGAGAUUGAUGAUAGCGUUACCAAACUGGAGCAAGCAGCAUACAAGCUUGCAGCAUAUUCAAAAAGAUUAGAAAUGAAAUUUAAGGAGAUUGAGAAAGAGAGCAAAAGCAAAUGAAUUUCAAUGGACUUACAAAAGUCAAAACAGCUCCACUACGACUUGGUGGCCGGUGAAAUAAAUGGGAUCAAGUUUUAAGUUGGAAGAAAAUGAUGUGCUUGCAUUCCUCUCUAUCAGGACCUGUACCUGAGUUUGCGUAGACUAUUGAUUCCAAAUUAUUAACUUAUACAUACUACUUUCACCACAAUCAUACACAUGUACAUUAGUUAUGAAAACAUUAAAUGUAAUAUUUUAUUGAUGAUGUAUAUAAUAAACGUAUGAUGUACAUAUUA